AUGAGGAAUGAAAUUCAGAAUGCAUUGGUUGGUUUGCAGAGGAAUCCAAAAUCUGAAGAUGAGUAUGAAGAAGUUGGUGAAGAGCUUGAGGCAGAAGAGGCUGAAGGACCGGAAGACGAAAGAGAGGAAAGUUUCCUAAGAACAAUGGCACAAAUUUUGCACGACUGGAGUGAUGCUCAUUGUAUAAAGCUUCUGAAGAAUUGCCACAAGGCCUUGCCAGAGAAUGGAAAGGUGAUUGUAGUGGAUUCCAUUUUGCCAGUAGCUGCAGAGACCUCUUCCUAUGCCAGGCAAGCAUUUCAUGUAGAUCUGUGCAUGUUGGUACACAACCCAGGUGGAAAAGAGCGCACAGAGGAGGAGUUCAAACAACUUGCAAAAGCAGCAGGAUUUGCAGGAGGUGCAAAGCCCAUUUGCUGCGUUAAUGUAGUCUGGUGGAUUUUGCACGACUGGAGUGAUGAUCAUUGUAUAAAGCUUCUGAAGAAUUGCCACAAGGCCUUGCCAGAGAAUGGAAAAGUGAUUGUAGUGGAUUCCAUUUUGCCCGUGGCUGCAGAGACCUCUUCCUAUGCCAGGCAAGCAUUUCAUGUAGAUCUGUGCAUGUUGGUACACAACCCAGGUGGAAAAGAGCGCACAGAGGAGGAGUUCAAACAACUUGCAAAAGCAGCAGGAUUUGCAGGAGGUGCAAAGCCCAUUUGCUGUGUGAAUGGAGUCUGGGUCAUUGAGAUCCAGAAAUGGCCUCAUUAUAUGCAAACUACCCAGUAA